GUGCUACUUUUCUGUAAAGCUUCAACGUGGACUAAUUGACGUUAGCUAUUAGCUAACUUAUCCUCAAUUAUAGCAAACUCUUUGGAACAAGACAAGCUACUGUUAGCAUUUCCUACAAGGCUGAAAUACCAUCAUGAUUGUGACUACAGAGGAAGAAAACCAUAUACUGUGGGUGGAAAAAAUAACAGCACUGUCUCCUGCCUCGCCACACGUAGCUGAAGGCCAUCAGACAUGCCCAUUCACAUCAGCCGAGUUGGAACAUCUUUUCAACAUGAACACAGACAAAGAUCCUGAAUUUGUCACCCCAGAGGGAAACGGGAUGGACGUCUGUAGUGAUGUUGCAGACGCAAAGCCACAGGAGGAGAAAGAAGAGAGGGAAGAUAACUCAUUCAGUGAGAAUGAAAUGCAGCGUGCGAAACUUGUGACGGACCCACUAGAUGCAAUAAAGACCGAGGCAGAGGAGAUGGAAGACCAUGAGCCGUACCCCAAGGUGGAAAAAGAAAGAGAGAUUGGGCUAAAAGAGGAAGCAGAGGGGGCCAGCGAGGACGGGACGGAGGAGGGAUUUGACGAGGAGAGGAUGGAGGACGACGAUGAGGAGGAGAGGGACGGCGAAGGCGAUGAGGAGGGAGACAGCCUGAACGAGCCACAGGACCUUUCGUUGGCGGACUACUCGCGUUACGACAGCGCGGCCCUGCCAGAUGCACACACAGAUGCUGCUGCCGGUGCUGAAGGGACCUACGUGCCUGGAGCCGGGGGCCCCCGCAUCCAGGCAACAGGCAAGCUCAACUGUGACAUCUGUGGCCUGUCCUGCGUCAGUAUCAACGUCCUGCUGGUGCACAAGCGCAGCCACACGGGUGAGAGGCCCUUCCACUGCACUCAGUGUGGGGCCUCUUUCACCCAGAAGGGAAACCUGCUGCGCCACAUCAAACUGCAUUCUGGGGAGAAGCCUUUCAAAUGUCCCAUGUGCAGCUACGCCUGCCGUCGACGCGAUGCUCUGAGCGGGCACCUGCGCACCCAUUCUGUAGAGAAGCCGUUUAAGUGCAACCACUGCAGCCGCAGCUACAAGCAGCGCAGCUCCCUCGAAGAGCACCGAGAGAGGUGCCAUGUGUACCUUCAGAGCAAAGGUCCCGUCGAGAGAGCAGAGGACAGCCAGACACCCAGGACUCCGAUGGGCACUGAGCGUGCUCUGCUGCUCGACAGGCUCGCCAGCAACGUAGCCAAACGGAAGAGCUCAAUGCCACAGAAGUUCACUGGCGACAACGGCGUCUGCCUUGACCUGAGCUUUAACAGGGAUCUGGUCUACGGAAGUGACGUCAAGGACCCUCCGCCAGUCUCCCCGGGGCCUGACACCCACCAUCAGCAACAAGCCAUCCUUGCAGGGCCAGACAGCAACCCAGCUCCCUCCCGCAGGCCCUAUCCCAUCCAGUUAAGCCGUAACGACAUCAGCCCCAUGGGCCUCACUAACGGCCACAAGAUGGGCAUGCCGCUUAUGGGCCACCCCCACGCCGCCCAGCCACCCCUCGGCAUGGACUCGUUCCACACUGACGGCUCCCAGAUGCCGCAGCCUGUCAUGUACAGCUUAGGGCACCUGCUGGGGGGGCUGAAUCAUCAGAACGGCAUCCCUCACCCACACGCCCAGCCAAUCCCCUUGUCAGCAAUGGAGGCUUUACGGGUGGUGCGGGCCGACGGGGAGGGCGGAGCGCUGCCCGGGGCGGUGUACCCCUGUGGCCACUGCAGGGUGAUCUUCCUGGACUAUGUCAUGUUCACCAUUCACAUGGGGUGCCAUGGCUUCCGGGACCCGCUCGAGUGCAACGUAUGUGGCCACCGCAGUCGGGACCGUUACGAGUUCUCUUCCCACAUAGCCCGGGGCGAGCACCGCCUAGAACUGAAGUAGCUUUCAUUCAUGCUUACACACACACAGGCACGCACACACACACACAGACACACACACACGCACACAUAAGUAACUGGUAGUAUCACAAAUGAAAGCAUGAAGUAGCAGCUAUCUCUCUCUGUAUUUUGUGUGUGUGUGUGUGUGUGUGUGUGUGUGUGUGUGUGUGUGUGUGUGUGAGAGAGGCGUUAUAAGAGUGUGACGGGUAUCGAUGUUCUUAGUCAUAGUAUACUCAUCUGAAAAGAUGGCCUCUAAUGUGUUAAGGGGGGAGUAAUUCUACUUCCUUUUCAAACGUACAUUUGUACUUAAUGAUCUCUGCUUCAGCCACUGUUUAUAUCAUAUAACCAAUAUGUCAUAUAUACAUUCAAAUGUUCAACAGAGUAGCAAAAAUAAUGCAUUUGUUGUGUAUCUGCUGUUGGUUUUCUUCAGUUAUUUGUGUAAAGGUGUAAAAAUAAAAGAUAACUUCUCUUUUCCUUCAUCGCA